AUGAGCCAUUCUAAAACUAAAAAUGCGAGUCACUACACAGAAACAGAAGAGGAAUUGAACUUUUCCGAAAAGCAACCUGAACCUUUACGACCUCCACCUAGAAAACAGGCCCCAAGACGGAAAGCACCACCUGUGAACAGUGGUAGAGGAGAUCCAAACAGAGACUCAAACAGAGCUAGAGGACAAACAUGUCGAGAGAGAGAAGAAGAGGGUGAACCCCAAAAACAAUCAUUUUUGGACUAACAGACGGAGACUCCCUUACAGACGGAGCAGACCCCAACAGAGACGGUUUCGACCUCAGAACCCCUCCCUCCCCUUAUCACACAAACUACAGACGACCCUCCCUCAACCCACAACAACAGUGGAAAAACAUGAAUCUACUGCAUCACGCAAUGACAAUUUUAAAAUGGAGGACCAUUUUACAGAACAAAUACCCACUAUUUCAACACAUGAUGACAAUGAGCCCGUUGAGCCAAUCAUUGAGCCCAGCACUGCUAUAGUAAAAUCAGAUAUCAUUCACAUAAAAUCAUUAACAGCAGAGGUGAAAGACCCUAGUGUAUUUAACCCUUCAAACAGAGAGCAUGUACAUGCACCAGAGACAAUCACCACACCAGAGCCUGAAAAUAUGCCUCCCCCAACUGAGAUGACUCGAUAGGAGAGGACACGGGAUAACUCAAAUAAACAGGAUGCUAUCAGACAGACUACCAAAAACAGGCAAACAUCCACAAAGAUAACAACUACAAAGCCCACUCUUAUUAAUUAUGACAUUAAUAUAGAACCUCCUAUGUCACGUGACACGGUUACUAUGGAAACACAGGUCCUGACUAAAGACAAGGGAGCUACACAGCCAGAAACACCUAUAACAGAAAUCCAUAUUCAAAAUCCACCUCCUAAAAAAUAA